GCGGAGUCACAACUCGCAAGCCGACGUUCACUGAGCGAGAGACGCGUCACGAGGCGCGUCCGCACCGCGUUUUUCAUUUUUCGUCUCCGAAUUUUCCGUAUAAGUGCACCCUCACCUGUCAGAAGACUCGAUCGAGUCUGCGAGUGGCACGUGAAAAAGGAAUCGGGUUCAGUGACACGACCAGGAGGAGAGUUUCGGUUGAGUUCAGCAAGAGAAUUUUCCAAUCGCGUUGCUGUGAGAUCUCUGCGUAUCACUCAGAGUGCAAGACUCCGAAGCGGCUUGUCUCGAGAAAAGAAGAAAUAUCUCGUCGACUUAAGUAACGCUACAGAGUGAAUUUAACGUAGAAAGACUCUUUCGAAUCAUCCAUGGCUUAGCAAUCAUUGUGAAAAAUCUACAUAGACGGAGGUAGAAAAAAAAUCGGAAAAAAUGCUCCGUGUUCAUUACAAGUACAUGGCAUUUGCUGCUUUAAUUAUUAUACUUACUAUCUUAACAGUGAAUUCUGCAAAUUCUCGGCAUGGAUUAUUUAGAUAUAAAAGGUCACCGAUAAUAACCGGGGGUGUUGUAUAUAGAGGACCACCUAGAGGUCCCAAGAGACCACAUCCCUGCGAGCAAAGUUCGUGUUAUCCCGCAACUGGAAACUUGCUGAUCGGUCGUAAGAAUAAAUUGCACGCCUCGUCGACAUGUGGUCUUACGGGUCCUGAGAGAUUCUGCAUCGUUUCCCAUCUUAAGGAAAGAAAGAAAUGCUUCUUCUGCGACGCGUCGCUACCCAAGCAGCAGCACAACAUCGAAAACAUUGUCAGCGGAUCGUGGUGGCAAGCCGAGAACGGAGUAGAGAAUGUCACGAUACGCUUCGACCUCGAGGCAGAGUUCCAUUUCACGCACAUCAUCAUUCGCUUCCAAACCUUCCGACCAGCUGCCAUGCUAAUCGAACGGUCGUACGAUUUUGGACAGACCUGGCAGGUAUACCGGUACUUCGCUCACGAUUGUGGGCACUAUUUUCCCCAAAUCUCUACUAAUCAACCCCAAAGAUUAACGGACGUCAUUUGCGAGACGAGAUACUCGGCUGUGGCACCAUCCACUAAUGGCGAUGUAAUUUUCAGGGUAUUGCCGCGAAAUUUGGAAAUUGAGAAUCCCUAUUCGAAGGAAGUGCAGAAUCUCCUUAAAGUUACGAAUCUCAGAAUCAACAUGACGAGGCUACAUACACUGGGCGACGAUUUGCUCGACGAUCGAGCCGAGAUUCGCGAGAAAUACUAUUACGCUAUCCAAGACAUGGUAAUUCGUGGUUCCUGCUCCUGCUAUGGACACGCUUCCCGAUGUUUGCCGUUACCCGGAGUCGUCGACGAAGAGAACAUGGUUCAUGGCAGAUGCGAGUGUACUCACAACACCAAGGGACUCAACUGCGAGAAUUGCGAGGACUUUUACAACGAUCUACCGUGGAAACCCGCGGUCGGCAAACAGACGAACGCUUGCAGGCCGUGUAAUUGCAACAAUCACACCACUUCGUGUCACUUUGACGAGGCGGUUUACGAGAGAUCGGGAAGAGUGUCCGGUGGAGUUUGCGACGAUUGCCAGCAUAAUACGAGGGGCCAAAACUGCGAACAGUGCAAACCGUUUUAUUAUCAUGACAUGACGAAAUUUAUCUCUGAUCCAGAGGCCUGUCAACCUUGCGAUUGCGAUCUCGGUGGAUCCUUGGACGACGGCAUAUGUGACUCGAGAACGGAUCUUCUUAGUGGUGACGAAUCCGGACGCUGUCAUUGUAAAGCAAACGUCGAGGGACGUCGUUGUGACCGUUGCAAAAACGGUUUCUGGAACUUUAAUCCCGACAGUCUUGAAGGCUGUCAAGCCUGCACCUGCAACACUUUGGGCACCGUUGACAAUCAAGGCUGCAAUGUGAUAACUGGUGAAUGUACGUGCAAACGUUACGUCACUGCACGCGACUGCAACCAAUGUUUGCCGGAAUAUUGGGGAUUAUCCGAAGACCGUGACGGAUGCAAACCCUGCGAUUGCGAUCCUGGCGGUUCCUACGAGAAUUCCUGCGACGUCAUCACCGGCCAGUGCAGAUGUAGACCGCACGUCAGCGGAAGAACCUGCAAUCAGCCGGAGCAAAGUUAUUACACUGGCUCGCUGGACUUUCUUAUUUACGAGGGAGAGUUAUCCAGAGCUACUAAUAACUGUCAAGUGGUAAUCAGGGAACCUUACCGUGACGGCAGGAAUAGCACGUGGACUGGCACGGGUUUCAUGAAAGCUCUCGAAGGCUCGGUAUUGAACUUCACUAUCGACGACAUUCGCAGAUCCAUGUGGUACGACGUGAUCGUGCGAUACGAACCGAUACAUCCAGGAGUUUGGGAAGAUGUACAAAUCAUUCUCGAGAGGGACAGUCCGCCAGAUCCUAAUGGACCGUGCGCCGAUUGGAGGCCCGAACAGGACCGUUUGAGGGCUCAACUGCCCUUACGUUCAAGAAGUGCCACGGCGCAACCAGCCGUAUGUCUGGAAGCGGGGAAAAGAUAUAAUCUGCUGUUGCAAUUCCGCAAAUUUACUAGUCACAUGGAUACGCCUUCGGCCUCCAUCUUGGUCGAUUCGAUUGUUUUGAAACCGAGAAUAGAGAUGAUACCUUUCUUCAAGCCACCAGGUUUUGGUGAAUUGCGCCGUCAAGAAUACGAACGGUAUCAUUGCAACGAGUUCUUUAACGAAGUCGACAAUGCGUGGAGUAACGUACCCGAUGUCUGCAAAAAGUAUCAGAAUAGCAUCGGCUAUUUCGUUUUCGAUGGUGCUCAUUCCUGCGAGUGUAACCCGACCGGCUCCCGCAGUCUUUUAUGUGAGAACUACGGCGGGAUGUGUCCGUGCAAAUCGAACGUGGUUGGCAGACGUUGCGAUCGCUGCGCGCCAGGAACGUAUGGAUUCGGACCCGAGGGUUGCAUCCCUUGUGACUGCGAUGGCGUCGGCGCUCUUGACAAUUUCUGCGACGUCGAGACAGGCCGCUGCAAAUGCCGUCCCAACACCUAUGGCAGAACCUGCGGCCAGUGCGAGCCCGGUUUCUGGAACUUCCCGCAUUGCCAGCGCUGUGAGUGUAACGGACACGCGGACAGCUGCGACUCCAAGACCGGGGCUUGCAUCAAUUGCCGAGACUUUACCACUGGACACAAUUGUGAUCGUUGCGUCGACGAUUUCUACGGCGAUCCGCGGAUCGGCGUAGAUAUAUCUUGUAGAGCGUGUCCCUGCCCAGGUACUCGCGAAUCUGGUCAUUCCUACGCCAACAGUUGUUCGUUAGACUCUAUAACGCAGGAUGUGGUAUGCGAAUGCUUCGAGGGGUAUUCUGGUCCCCGAUGCGAGCAUUGCGCUGAAAAUUAUUACGGUAAUCCGGAAAUACCCGGCGGUAACUGCGAGCUGUGCAACUGCAACAAUAACACUGAUUUACGUCGAGCUGGUAACUGCGAUCCACACACCGGUCAUUGUCUCCAAUGUCUAUUCUAUACCGAUGGUCCCAACUGCGAAAUCUGCAAAUCCGGAUUCUACGGAGACGCCCUUCAACAGAAUUGUCAAGAUUGUAGGUGCAACGUCCUGGGCACUGAUAAGACUGCGGGAUCGUGUAACCAUCGUACCGGACAAUGUCCGUGUUUACCGCACGUCAUGGGACAGCUUUGCGACUCUUGCGAAGAGAAUCAUUGGAGAAUAGCCAGUGGACAGGGCUGCGAUCCUUGCGAAUGCGACGCAAUUGGAAGUAUUUCCGACAGAUGUAACCCCUUCGACGGAACUUGCGAGUGCAAGCCAGGAUUCGGCGGUAGACGAUGCAAUGAAUGUCAGACAAACUUCUGGGGCAAUCCAAAUGUGGAGUGUUAUCCCUGCGAAUGCGACGUGAUCGGUUCCGCUAGCCAACAGUGCGAUAGAGAGACCGGAUUGUGCGUUUGUCACAAGGGGAUCGGUGGCGAAAAGUGCGAUCAAUGCGAUCGCGGUUAUCACGGCGAGGCACCGCAGUGCAGUCCAUGUGGCGAAUGCUUCGACAAUUGGGAUCUGAUACUAGACGGCCUCAGGAACAAGACAAACGCCGUUAUUCAAGAGGCUUCGAGGAUACAGAAAGUCGGCACAACCGGCGUCUACAGCCAGGAGUUUGACGAUAUGGAAAAAUCCUUGGACGAAAUCAAGGAUUUAAUCGGCAACACUACCAUCAUAAGCGAAGACUUGGACGUGUUGGACGUAUCGGCAAAUGAGUUAACAAAGAAUAUCUCUGAUUCGGCGAAGCAAGUGGAGGAAGCGAACAAUCUUUUGGAGAGUCUCAGUCAGCGUGUCAAUCUCAACGACGUCGCGUUGAAGAAGCUGCGAAACAGAACCAACAGUUUGGACGAAGCCGCUGCCGACCUGCGAGAGAACGCAACCAGAUUGCAGGAAGAAAAUGUGCAGGGCGCCCUUAACGUCACUCAACAGAUGGCUGAGCAAUCCAGGCAGGCCGAAAAAAUGGCGAACGACACCGGCAACGUACUGGCCGACGCGGAACGUUUCCGCAAGCAUACUGAGAAUCUUUUGGCGAAGAAUCGCGCUUCCGUAGACGAGGCGCAAGAGAGAAACAAGGAGUCAUUGACGAAAUUAAACGAAAAACUGAAAACAUUCAAUAUGAAUAUACCUGAAUUAAAUCUGCAGAUGUGCGGCAACAACGUGACGGAUUGCAGUAUCGUCUGCGGCGGUGCGGGUUGCGGCUUUUGCGGUGGUUUAUCUUGCGACGUCGGCGCGGUUAGCAAAGCCAAUCAGGCUCUGGAUGUUGCCAAGCAGCAGGCUGCUAAGAUCAAGAGUCACAAGGACGAAGCUGAGCAGCUGCUGCGUAAUAUGAGUCAGAUCAAGCAAGAUUCGACAGCAGCGAGAUCCAACGCUCAAGAUGCUUUCAAUUACGCUUGGGAUGCGCGUAAUCGCUCCGACAAGAUCACUAAGGACUUGUCCGACAUAACAAAGCGAAUUAGGAGCACUCUGGACGAGGAUCAGCCUACGCCGGCCAUGGUCAGAGAUCUCGCGAACGAGGUGCUGGCAAAGAACAUCCAGCUAGAGCCGGAUGAGAUCACGCAAUUAGCCGAUCGCAUCAAGAGUAUCGUCGGUUCGCUCACUGACUCCGAGAAGAUACUCGCCGAUACCAAGAACGACCUUCGAUUGGCUUACGAUCUCGAAGAGCGUGCUAAUCGCACCAAAGAGAUGGCCCUCGAGAAGCAGGCUCUAGUCAACAAGGUGAAUCUAUUGUUGAACGACGCGCAAACGGCUCAAUAUCUGGCGCAGAGUGCUAUCGACAAAGCGGAAGCCGAUGUGUCUAAGUCUCAGAAAGAUCUGGCGGACAUCGCCGAUGUAACCAAGGCCGCUCAGAUCCAAGCCAACAGCACCACCCAAUCGGUGGAGGCACUGGACAAUCGUCUGAAACAACUGCAGACGCAAUCUGCGAAAAACGCCUUCGUCCUGAAGGAAAUCGCCGUGGAAGCGAACAAAGUCGGCAACGAGGCGCAAAUGAUCGACGCCAAGACGAAGAAACUGGCGGAGGAGUACAAGCGUGCGGACGAGUCGCUGAACCAGCGGGUCAACAAGAGCAAGGGCGACAUAUUGCGAGCAAAGAAACUCUUGCAACGAGCUUCCGAACUGACGGCGGAUACGUCGACCAAAUCCAAGGACUUGGACGGCAUGGAAAGCGUUUACAAGGACAACGAACGACUGCUGACAGAUCUGAUGAGCGAUGUCGACGCGCUGACGAUGGAAAUGGAAAGACACCUGGUGGAGAUCGAGCAAAAGUCGCAGUUGUAUAGACAGUGUUCCGCUUAAAACUGGCUGCAAUUAAUAACGGGAGUCAUUAGUAUCUCUCGAACGAAUUUCGUCUGUAAAGUAUAUGAUACGUAUGAUAUCGAUAACGGAUAUAUAUAUUUUUUCUCAGUUA